AUGAAGGAGCUGUUGAUGCUGUUCGCGCUCGCGGCCGCCAUGGUGGCGGUUCAGGCUUCUAGGGGAGGAGGUGAAUGCCACGAGGUGAUAUACGAGCUGAUGCAUAAGGAAAACAUGACAGAAAUCAUAGAAAGCUGUAUGGAGGAAAAUGGAAUCGUCUUGAACCUAAACCGGCCUGGUCGACGACCCGGCGGCCGCAGAGGACGUAACAGAUUUGGCAGAGGAAAGAGAAGUCCUCAUAUGAUGCGGUUCAUCUCACGCCUUCCUCAAGAAGAUCAGACAGCCCUAGCCGAGUGUAUCUUCGAGGAGGAAAGCCUUCUCACAGAUGAUGGUUUGUUCGAUGCGACGGCGUUCACAGAAGACGUGAUCGCCAAGUUAGAAGAAAUAGAGGAUUCUCCGGAAGCAGAUGCUAUGUUGGCUGCCAUUGAGGACGGCACUUGUGUAGUCGAGGAGAGCGAACCUAACGUAAGGCUUCCAUACUCAGAUGAAAGAUAUAUUCAACUGCCACUUAUGAUCUGUGACUUUUUCUUCAAAUAUUCUCUUAGUUGA